AUGCCGCCCACUGUGCCGGAUAGAGGUGGUCCGGGGAGUAGUCAGCGCGCGAGGCCUUCGCUCGGGGGCAAGACUCUGGGUACUGCACGGCACCGGAAAAUAUUGAGAGAUUCCAUUACGGGUAUCACGAAGCCGGCGAUCCGACGCCUGGCCCGUCGUGGUGGUGUUAAGCGCAUCUCCGGUACCAUCUACGAUGAGAUGCGGAAAGUUUUAAAGAUAUUCCUGGAAGAUGUGCUGCGAGAUGCUUGCACUUACGUUGAAUACCGAAAUGCCAAAACUGUAACCGUGGAGGACGUUCUCCACAGCCUCCGACGCCGAGGCAGAACGCUCUAUGGCUUCGAUCAGGAUACAUGGACUGAGCAGAAAACUCACCGUCGUCAAGAUGCCAGCAGGAGUCGAGCCAGCAAGAGGCCCUAUAGGGCCGAUAGGGUGCAAUUCUAG